CAGGCGGUCAGCGGGAUUCUACAACACGCUUUACGCUCCUUCAACAUCCAUCAAUUCAUUCACUCAGUCAUAGCCAUGCAACGACAAUGGGAACGGAUAUUUAAAAACUGCAAAGGCAAACAACAAAGAAAAGAGGUCACCAGGCGUAAAUUGACAAAUUGGGGCUUAUAUCGUGCUUUCAGGUUGUUUUCUGUUAUGAAAUGGACCAGAUCUUAGCCUAAUGUCGCGUGCUGCUGUCAGUCUGCUGCUGCUGUGGCCGCGUGCAGAUGUGGACAUACUAGUACAUUAGGCCAUUCACCCCGCGAGCUAUUGUCCCCUCCAUCCUCUUCCACUCCAUCCCCUCACUCGGGGCCAAACUGGCGUGUGCGUCCCUCCCCGGGUAUGUCUCUCCGUCUCUCCGCCAGAUGGGGCGGAAAACAGAAGCCAACUCUGGAGAGGGAUGUUUCCUUCCUCAGCCGUUUGUCCUACUGGUGGAUUUACAGAGUCGUUUCAGCGGGCCAUAGGAGGGGGCUACAGCUGUCGGACCUGUGUUGCCUUGGCGAUGAGGACUCAGCCCAGAGUUUAUGCUCAGCCCUCCAGCAGCAGCAGCAGCACCGGACGACAGAGGGACGGAGUCAUAGCCAAGAGUCAGGAGAGGAGGAGUCACUGGGUGGAAACACCUCCCACCCAGGUGUUCACCUGUCUGGCCCCGCCCUGCUGUGUCAUCUGUAUGGGUGGCUCCGCCCCUCACUGCUCCAGGUGACCCUGCUGAGGAUGACCUCUGACCUACUGGCCCUCCUGCCCCCUCAGGCCCUCAGGUGUGGUAUUCUCUACUGUGAGAACCAGCCUGUCUUUGAUUGGUCUGGACUUACCCAUGCCCUGGCACUGUUGGCUGCUGUAGUGUGCCAUGCCCUGGUCCAGCAGGUGUGUGAGCGUCACAGCAGGAUGACUGAGGUCAGAGUUCAGACAGCGCUGACUGGAGCCUUGUAUAAACAGGCCCUGUCCCGGUGCAGUAUUCCUGGGUGUCUACCCUCCCCUGCUCCAUCGUUAACCCCACUCCGGGCUGACGUUGGACGGUUAGCAGAGCUCCCAGUCUCCCUGUCUGCCCUGUGGUCUUCCUCUGUGCAGGGGACAGUGUGUGUGUGUCUGCUGUGGAGAGAGCUGGGUCCCUCUUCUCUGGCGGGACUAGCUGUAUUGUUACUGCUGGUACCGCUCACCUCUGCUGUACAACGCAGGGCAAGGCUAUUACAGAGAAGCCAGGAGAGAGUGAGGGGAGAAAGACAGCAGCUCGUGCAGGAGAUGCUGAACGGAAUCAAAACGGUGAAGUUGUUGGUCUUGGAGGCGUGGUUCCAGUGCAGAGUGGGCAUUGCCAGAGAGAAGGAGCUGGAGACGCUGAGGAUUCUGGGAUUCCUGACGGCCUUCUCCCUAUUGGACCGCGUCUGUGUGCCUUUCCUGGUGUGUGUGUCCAGUUUGGGUGUGUAUGUGCUGGUGGAUGAUGGUAACGUUCUGACAGCGUCUCAGGUGUUCACCUGUGUGUGUCUGUUCACACUGCUACGCUCACCUUUUAACCUACUGCCCUCCCUGGCACUGCACCUCACACAGACCUGGCACUCCCUCUGUCAUCUGGACCACUUCCUCUUCUCACAGGAAGUCUCUCACACAGAGAAUGGCACUCUUUCAGAAAAUGGGGUCAAGAAAAGCUGUCUCGAGGAGCACUCAGAUCGGUGCAGUAAUGAGACCUUGAGAGAGACAGAAGCAAACACUGUACCUCUGCCCAAACAUGGUGUGAGCAGUGUGUGUAUUCGGCUGUAUCUGCAUGUGUGUGGCUUGGGCUGGGUGUUGUUGACUGUAUUAUCCCAGGUGUGUGUUUGUGUGGUGGGUGUGUGUCAGACCGGUCUGUUAGCCGUGUGGACCAGACAGGCUAAAGAACUACAGGGGCUGGAGGAGUGGAGAGAACUACGAGACUCACGACUAUCUGUCUACGCUGUACUGGGGCUGCUGCAAGCUCUGUCCGUGUGCUGUGUAGCAUUAGCAGUAACUGGUGGUUCUCUGAAGGCGUCUGCCAGUCUCCACUCUGAGCUGCUCUUUGCUCGGCUCCGCCUUCCUCUCAGAUUCUACCAGAUCACGCCCUCUUCUCUGGUCCUGCGCAGCCUAUCACAGGAGAUGUACGUGAUUGACGAGCUAGUCCCCGCCAACCUCCUCUCCUGGCUCUCCUGUUGGCUGCAGGUGUUUGUGACAGUGCUGCUGAUUGGCUACAUCUCCCCUCUCUUCAUCCUGAUAGUUCCGGUGCUGACUUACCUCUUCCUCACAAUACAGUCAUACUACAGGUCAGUCUCGGGUCAGGUGAGGAGGAUGGUUUCAGACUCUGCCUCCUCUCUCUCAUCCCUCCUUUCUGAGUCACACAGGGAUGAGGUCACCAGUGGUAGUCAUGACGACCCCUUGACCCGUUGCUAUGGUGCCCUCAACGAGCACCUGGUGUGUCGCUACAACUGCAUUUUGUUGAACAGGUGGGUAUCAGUGUGGUUGGAUGCCUUUGCAGGACUGGUUCUGUUCCUGGUCUCUGUGACUCUACUGGACUCUGAGGUAGACCCCAGUACUGUAGGACUGGUCCUGACUUACACCCUCAGCCUGAGAGAGGUUCUUCAUCUCCUGGUCCAAGCAAGCUGUGGCGUAGAGAGCAGUGCUGGUGCCAUCCAGAAGAUGGACCAACAUGCACACAUGGAGAGAGAGCCCCCCUGGUCUGUGCCCUUUAGAGCACCCCCUAGCUGGCCAAAGGAGGGAGUGGUGGAGUUCAGAAGCUAUGAGACGGAGCUUAACCCAUCACCCGCUGAACUGUCUUUUUGCACCCGGACCAGAGAGAAGGUUGGUGUGGUGAGCAGAUCAGGAGCAGAGCUGGAUGCCAUAACCAGUUCUCUCUUCCGAUUGGUGGAGGGCCGAAGGGGCGUGUUGAUGAUUGACGGGGUGGACAUCUCUAGUGUGGGACUCCAUGACCUUCGCAGCCGGUUGGCGGUCAUAGCUAGGGUUCCAACUCUGUUCUCCUGUUCACUGCGCUCCAACCUGGACCCCUGGGGUUGCCAUGGGGAUGCCCAGGUGUGGCAGGCACUGGAGAGGUGCCACCUGAAGGAAAGGGUCAGCUUGCUGCCAGGACAGCUCCUCUACCCACUACAACACGGAGGGGCCGGGCUCAGCUCCAGUGAGAGGAGGCUGCUGUGUGUGUGUCGUGCCCUGUUGAAGGGCUGUGUUGUCCUGGUAGUGGAGGACCCUGUUCCCCCUGUAGACGUCCACACUGAGAGGCUGCUCCAGAGCAUCAUACACACACACUUCUCCCACUGCACCGGGCUGUAUCUAACACAGAACCCUGGGAACGUCACACACACUGACAGGGUGUUGGUGUUAGAUGGGGGACGUGUGGCUGAGUUUGACUGCGCCUCUGCUCUCCUCCAGAGGGGGGCACUGUUCUCCCAGCUGCUCUCUGAGACACAUAGAAACCAAGACACAGAAGAAGAGUGAAGAACGAGAGUGGAAGUUGGUAUUAGGAACAGAACUAGGAUCAUUUUACCCAUGAUCAUAAUGAUGCUGGACUAGCUGUUUGAGUUUGCUCAGUUGUUUGAAGCAUGGGGUUUCAACACCAGAGUAAUAACACCAGAGUUGUGGGUUUCAACACCAGAGUAAUAACACCAGAGUAAUAACACCAGAGUAAUAACACCAGAGUUGUGGGUUUCAACACCAGAGUAAUAACACCAGAGUUGUGGGUUUCAACACCAGAGUAAUAACACCAGAGUAAUAACACCAGAGUUGUGGGUUUCAACACCAGAGUAAUAACACCAGAGUAAUAACACCAGAGUAAUAACACCAGAGUUGUGGGUUUCAACACCAGAGUAAUAACACCAGAGUUGUGGGUUUCAACACCAGAGUAAUAACACCAGAGUUGUGGGUUUCAACACCAGAGUAAUAACACCAGAGUUGUGGGUUUCAACACCAGAGUAAUAACACCAGAGUUGUGGGACACUUUGGAUAAAAGCAUCUGCUAAAUGACCAUAUUAUUAUAUUACCAUGUGUUAAGUGCCCCUCGUAAGAGUAUCCUAAAGGGCUAUACAUUGUGAUGAGGUUACUUACCUCAUCCUCUACCAGCAGCGUCCAUCUUGGCUCAAUGGGGCUAUCUGGUUGCCGUGACUGUGAUGCUUUUGCAAUAUGGUCAAUGUGAAACUGAGUUAUAGAGGAACCGCAUGGACUGUGGCCAGGGCUUUAAGUGUACUCAGACUAUGUGGUGAUACAGGAUCAAUACUAAAAGUACAACAAAUACAGCACAGUAAGCACAGCACUCAAUACAUACAGCAAGUUUAUCUCAAUGACUGACACCAGCACAACAAACUACUGCCUGGACUACAGACUCUCUCUCUGUGUCUCUCUCCCAACCCCCUUCUCUUAAUUUGUUUGAUCUCUCGCUCCCGGUUAGGCAUAAAUCUGUUCUGAUUGAAGAGGGCUUUUAUUGACCAGGAUUAUCUGUCCAGCUCUGUAUCUACUGUUACGGGUACAUUCAGGCUUGGCCAGUACUGUUUAUACAAAAUCUGUACAAUGUAUACAAAAUGUAUUGUGUCCUUUUGAACUCAUUCUGACGAUGCAUGAUCAAUUGUAACUGAUCAUCGCUGUGUGUGUGUUUCUAAUGAACAUCAAAUGUUGAAGGUUCUAUUUUCUUAAUUCUACCCUGAGCUUUAAAAUGCAGUGAUUACUCAUAUCUAUAAUUACCAGAACCUCCGUGUGUGUGUGCUCUUGUUGAAGCACAGGACUGAUAAGUUUAAUUGGCAGGCUAAUCACUUUAACAAAGUACGACUAAUAACUGACUGUGGUAACCCACACACACUCUUCAGUGUGUGCGUGCGUGUCAUGUCUCAUCAUCGAAAAUGCACAAUUAAACACCGACGUCAAUGAAUCACA